UGUCGCCGUCCCCGGGGGGCUUCGCGUUGACAGAGGGAUCGCGGCGCGCGGAGGUGCAGGUGCUGCCGAUCCGGGGGGCGGGUGUCGGUGCUCGGUGCUCCCAGGCGGGGUCUCGAAGGCCGGGGCGGCGCGGCUAUGGACUUUUCCAAGUUCCUGGCCGAGGACUUCGACGUGAAGGAGUGGAUCAACGCGGCCUUCAGGGCGGGCUCCAAGGAGGCGGCGGGCAAGGCGGACGGACACGCCGCCACGCUGGUGAUGAAGCUGCAGCUCUUCAUCCAGGAGGUGAACCACGCCGUGGAGGAGACAAGCCACCAGGCCCUGCAGAACAUGCCCAAGGUGCUGCGGGACGUCGAGGCCCUGAAGCAGGAGGCGAGCUUCCUCAAGGAGCAGAUGGUCCUGGUCAAAGAGGACAUCCGCAAGUUCGAGCAGGACACGUCGCAGUCCAUGCAGGUUCUGGUGGAGAUCGACCAGGUCAAGUCCAGGAUGCAGCUCGCUGCUGAGUCACUCCAGGAAGCGGACAAGUGGAGCACACUGAGCGCGGAUAUCGAGGAGACGUUUAAGACACAGGACAUAGGUGUGAUUUCUGCCAAGCUGACGGGCAUGCAGAACAGCCUGGCGAUGCUGGUGGACACGCCCCAGUACUCAGAGAAGUGUGUUCACCUGGAGGCGCUGAAGAACAGGCUGGAGGCCCUGGCCAGCCCCCACAUUGUCGCAGCCUUUGCUUCUCAGUCGCUCGAACAGUCCAGAAUGUUCGUGAAGAUCUUCACGGAGGUGGACCGGAUGCCUCAGCUCCUGGCUUACUACUACAAGGGCCACAAGGCCCAGCUGUUUGCCACCUGGCAGGAGUUGUGCCAGAGCGAGCUGCCCCUGGACCGCCAGCUCUCGGGACUCUACGACACAUUGCUGGGGGCCUGGCACACGCAGACCCAGUGGACCUCGCAGGUAACUGCCCACCCGACCUCUUGGGGGAAGAGGAGGGUUGUGGGGGACAGGGGGUUCCGUGUGGGUCCUCUCACUGCACAGCCACGGCUGCCACCCCCAAAGGGCUUCAAAGAGAAACGGCAAAAGCCACGGCAGCGAAGCCCCCGGGUCUCCAUGGAAACUCUCACCAUCUAUAAGACUGUCCAGGUCUCUUGUCGUUUGCUCAUUCUUGCUUUCUCGCCUCCGGUCCUCAAAGAUGACUACAACCCGGUGAAGGUCACGGAGCUGGCGGACGCCGUGUACGCUCCCUACAAGCCCUACCAGCUGCAGUACGGCGACAUGGAGGAGAGACACCUUCUCAUCCAGAUCAGCGCCAUGCCUCUGGAGCACGGGGAGGUGAUCGACUGUGUACAGGAGCUAAGCCACUCGGUGAACAAGCUCUUCAGCCUGGCGUCGGAGGCCGUGGACAGAUGCGUGCGGUUCACCCAGGGCCUGGGCGCCUGUGGCCUGCUGGUGGCCCUGAAGUCCCUCUUUAGCAAGUACGUGUCUGACUUCACCAGCGCUCUCCAGUCCAUCCGGAGGAAGUGCAAGCUUGACGAGAUUCCUCCCAACGCCCUCUUCCAAGAAGAUUGGACGGCGUUUCAGAACUCCAUUAGGAUAAUCGCCACCUGCGGGGAGCUUCUGCGGCAGUGUGGGGACUUCGAGCAGCAGUUGGCCAACAGGAUUCUGUCCACAGCUGGGAAGUUCCUCUCUGACUCCUACAGCCCCCGGAGCCUGGCCGGCUUGCAGGAGGGCAUCCUAACGGACAAGAAGAGCUCCGCCAGGAACCCAUGGCAGGAAUACAAUUACCUCCAGAGAGAGAACCCCUCGGAGUACGCCAGCCUCAUGGAAAUCCUUUACACCCUCAAGGAAAAAGGGCCGAGUAACCACAACCUUCUCUCUGCGUCUCGGGUGGCCCUGACGCGCCUCAACCAGCACGCCCACCAGCUGGCCUUCGAUUCAGUCUUCCUGCGCAUCAAGCAGCAGCUGCUCCUCGUCACCAAGAUGGACAGCUGGAACACAGCCGGCAUCGGAGAAACGCUCACGGACGACCUGCCCACCUUCAGCCUCACGCCUCUCGAGUACAUCAGCAAUAUUGGCCAGUAUAUCAUGUCCCUCCCCCUGAAUCUCGAGCCCUUUGUGACCCAGGAAGACUCUGCCUUGGAGCUGGCGCUGCAUGCCGGGAAGCUGCCUUUUCCCCCCGAGCAAGGGGACGAGCUGCCUGAGCUGGACAACAUGGCGGACAACUGGCUGGGCUCCAUCGCCAGGGCCACCAUGCAGACCUACUGCGACAUCAUCCUGCAGAUCCCUGAGCUGACCCCGCACUCCACCAAGCAGCUGGCCACGGACAUCGACUACCUGAUCAACGUGAUGGACGCGCUGGGCCUGCAGCCCUCCCGCACGCUCCAGAGCAUUGCCACGCUGCUCAAGACCAAGCCCGGGGACUUCCGCCAGGCCAGCAAGGGUCUGCCCCGCCGCCUUACCGCCAAGCUGGCUGCCAUGCGGGGCCUUGACGGCUGAGCCCGCACCCGCUGCCAGGGGCCGCCCUCUGAGCACUAGGGGCCCACCUUCCAGCCGCCAGGGCUAGGUGGUGGUAGGAGUGUUUUUUCUUUUUCUCUUUCUUUCUUUCUUUCUUUCUUUUUCUUUUUCUCUUUCUUUUCUUUUUCUUUUUCUUUCUUUCUCUCUCUCUUUUCUUUUCCUUCCUUUCUUCUUUUUCUUUAUUUUAAAGACUUGGAUCAUUUGUAUAAUUUAAAGGGUUGUAAAUUAGACGCCUAUUAUUUAUUAAAGAGAGAUUUUU